GCAUGGGGAUGGACCGGCAAUGCUUUGACCGGUCGGUCCGGGAUUCACGUACGCCAACACAGUCAAGUAAAAGACAUAAUUUUGCCGUGUAAUUUAUUGGUUUUAACAGAGAAUUUCUGUCAUUUGUUAGGGACGCCUCAGACAUAAAAUGAAACUGGUUGUUAACAGUCUUGCGUAGUGUUUUUUCCGGAGUUUGUGGUUUGAAAAACAAACAUAUUCGACAUGAAACGUCAACAACGCGAACAAGAAAGUCAAAGUGGUCAUCUCACGGACACGACGUCGACAGAUGAGGAUGCCCUGCCGCAGCAGGAGGCCAAAGUGCAAAAGCUGGAAAAUGACGUGCCAAAAUCUCAUGAGAGCCUUACAGACAUGCCAACCAGACCAGCCUUAGGCCUCGACAACAAGGACAGAAAGAAAGAAACCAUCGCCGUCCAUUGGUUCCGCCACGGACUUCGUCUCCAUGACAACCCUAGCCUUAUCGAUGCCAUUAAUCUUGCCAGCGAGCUGUACCCUAUUUUCAUCUUCGAUGGCGAGGUUGCGGGGACAAAAGUCUGCGGUUUCAACCGUUGGAGGUUCCUCUACGAGUCUUUGGAGGACAUCGACAGAAAGCUCAAGGAAGUUGGGGGAAGACUCUACACUUUCAAUGGCGAUCCUUGCACCGUCUUUAAUCAACUGAUUGAGGAAUGGGGUGUGAAUUUGAUCACGUUUGAGCAGGAUCCGGAGCCUAUCUGGCAAGACCGUGAUAAUGCCGUCAAGAGACUGUGUGAGGAGCGUGGGAUCCGAUGUAUCGAGAGCGUAUCCCAUACCCUAUGGGAUCCCAAUGAAGUUACGUCAAGAAAUGGUGGCACCCCACCCGUCACCUACGCCAUGUUCCAAGAGGUUGUGUCCACGAUUGGGCUGCCUCACCGGCCCUCGGGGGAGCCAGACUUCAGCUCCGUCAAGCUUUCCAUCUGCGAUAACUUUGACCAGUUCGCACUGCCUCACUUUCAGGACAUAGCUCCAAAGAUGGAGCAUCCGGAUCAAGAGCGACAGCUGUGGAUUGGUGGAGAGACAAGAGCCCUGGAGCUUUUUGAAGUCCGGGUUCGCAGAGAAGCGGCUGCCUUCAAAGCUGGAUAUUGCUUGCCUAACCAGUACAUGCCAGACCUGUUAGGCCCGCCCAUGAGCCUGAGUCCGUACUUGAGGUUUGGCUGUCUGUCUGUUAGGAAAUUCUACUGGCGCAUCCAUGACACCUACACAGAACUGAACAACACCAUCUCACCAUCCCACCUGACCGCACAACUCAUCUGGAGGGAGUACUUCUACACCAUGUCAGUCGGCAACAAGAACUUUGACCGGAUGAACGGCAACAACAUCUGCCUGAAGAUUGACUGGAGUGAAGACCAGGAGAAACUUCAGAAAUGGACAGAAGGUGAAACAGGCUAUCCCUGGAUCGACGCUUGCAUGAAACAGUUGAAGGUUGAAGGCUGGAUCCACCAAGUAGCUAGGCACGCUGUGGCCUGCUUCUUGACAAGAGGGGAUCUGUGGAUCAGCUGGGAGGAUGGACUCAAGGUUUUCUACCAGUACCUGCUAGACGCCGACUGGAGUAUCUGUGCCGGCAACUGGAUGUGGAUUUCUAGCUCUGCCUUUGAGAAGGUCUUGCAGUGCCCUAACUGUUUCUGCCCGGUGCGGUACGGCCGUCGCAUGGAUCCCAACGGGGAGUUUGUCAGGCGAUUUUUGCCAGUGCUUGUCAACAUGCCACUGCGGUAUCUCUUCGAGCCUUGGAAGGCACCCCUAGCCGUACAGGAGAAAGCUGGUUGUAUCAUCGGUAAGGACUACCCGAUGCCGAUUGUGGAGCAUCGCGCAGCAGCAUCCAGUAAUCGGGAAAAGAUGAACAGGACUGUCCAAAGCUUAGAAGAAAAAUUCAGUCACUGCACUCCAUCCAAUGAAGUGGAAGUCCGGGAGUUCUCCUGGCUACCAGAGACGAUCCGAGGGGUGGAAAAAUGCACGGCCGAUGACCUGUGUGAGAUUCUUGGCAUUUAGAAGGGUCAAGUGUCAAGGGUCCGGAGGUUGGAGACGACGGAUUGAAGUUCUCAACGGGUCUGCUUCGCAUUGUUGAAUGAUUAACGACUCCAGCUUCAAAUGUGUAUUCAUUCAUUAAACUGUCCAUUUGUGCACAAAUCGCCACCAAUUGGGCCUUUCUUUUCAUUAUUAACUUGGAUUACAGAUUCGCCGCCAAACAAAAACCCUUGCCCAUCAAUUUAAAAAAAGGUAUUGUUUCACGAUUGUCUGAAUACUAGGCACUCUAAGAUGGGCAUCCCCAAAAACUAGAAUUUUUUUAUCCUGGCUACCCCUCCAACUUUACGGGACCUGAAAAAUCUGUUAUCCACAAAAAGCCAUGGUUAGUGGUACCAUUCAGUAUUCUAAACAAAUGAACUAUUAUUAUUUUUUAAAAAGAGGCUAACAAUUAAGUUCUAGCCUCCAAUGUAAUCAUUAAAGUAAUUCACUUUUCAACAUGUCAGAGAUGGAAGAGUCACUUCAGUUUAUAAAAGAUUUUAUAAGUCUGUGACGAUGGAAUGUAAAGUCUUUAUUUGAAGGAAUAUUGAAACCAAAGCAUGCGUGUUAACGUUGAGCAUUUUAGUCCGAUACUUCAGCUUAUCCUCCGCAGAGUGUUAAUGUGUUAUUUUCUGCACAACUCAUUUCUUUUAUUUUAUUUUUGGCUUGUUCACUGAACAGUUUUUAAAGAAAAGCAUAUAUGUCAACAUGUUUUAAUGAUUGUACUUGUUUUAAUGAUUGUGAGUAUUUUGAGUAUGUUUUAAUGAUUGUAAGUAUUCUUUUUAUAUUUUGGAGCUUCAGGGGAUGAUACAAUUGUGAAAAUUGUUUCAAGAAUAUUUAAAUGCAAAUAAUUUAAUCACUUAUAGAGUUGAUAUUUAAUUGUGAUUGUGUAUAUUCGUCUUGCAUGCUAACACAUUGGGUAUAUCACAUUUACAAAUCCUACACUCGCCCUUAUCAGGGAUUUAUUCAUCACAUCCGCUCAUGAUUUUGAUAAUUCUACAAAAUAACACAGCCAAGGUGUGGUUAUCUGAGAUGAUUUUUUUUUUUUUUGGAGGGGUCACACUUACUAUAGCUUAUACCUAAGCUGUACUUUCCUGAUUUUCCCAACAUCCAGAAUGGAUAACUAGAAUUGAGCUAGAGACCCUCUAGUGGGUUCUGGACAUGACCUCAAAACAAGGUCCAGUUAAAGGGAAGAUACAACAUUUGCAAACAUCAAAAAGCGAAAUGAUCAAAUUA